AUGACUACCGUCCCGGGUGAUCCGAAUAUGGUGCAUGUUAACCGCAGGCUUUUAAGAUUAGCCUUCACUUAUCCGUACCUAAUGCACGCGUCGCUAGCCGUGGCAUUUUCCUACGACCAAUAUCUGAACAGCCCGCCGAGUGCUCGUCGCAGUGUCGAAGAGUGCUAUCACUGGUCUCAAGCGACUGUCCUUCUAAGCAAUUGUCUAAGAAGGCCGAUCAGAACCACGUCAAUGGACAAAGAUGCAAUAUGGGGCACUGCAGCUGCCCUGGCAAUUCUCACCUUUUCGUCUACGGAAGCAUACAGUUCGGAAGGCUCAUGGCCUUUGAAGCCAUCAACAACGGGCGACGAGUUGCACUGGUUAUCUAUGAGCAGCGGGAAGAACGCACUCUGGGAUUUCGUGAACCCAUUACGACCAGACAGUAUCUUCAACGUCAUGAAGGGGAGCUACGAUAUCAUGUUCUCACCUCUUCCGGACACCGGGAUUGACGGUAUCCCAGGCCCUCUAGCUGCCAUUUGUUCAUUGAACAAGCCAUGCACAGCAGAAAGUAACCCGUACUUCCACGCUGCGCAUGGACUAUCUGUUAUCCUGAACAUCCCCGAUUACGAGGUCACAACCGGACAGACUCAGCUCUUCACGCGCUGUAUUCAUGGCCAGUUCAAGUAUCUGCUCUUGAGCAGGGACCCGGUGGCUCUUUUGCUGCUUUAUCUCUGGUAUCGCAAAGCAAGGUGUAUAUGGUGGAUUGAGCUUAGGGCGAGAGUGGAGCGUCCUGCUAUUUGCGAGUAUUUGAGACUUUAUCACCCGGAACACAGGGUUCAUGAGCUUCUUCAAUAA